UCGUGAAUACCAAUAGCCAUUCAUCACCUUCGUUGCUUUUGGCGCUUGGAAUUUUCUCGACCGAUUCUGCUAUAUAUACUCGAGUGUGGUCGGUCUAGGAGAUAUCAGUCUAGUACUUGAGAACCAACAGUUCACAACCAACCAACCAAUCAACAUGUUCAAAUACUUCGCUCUGUGCCUGUUCGCCAUUGUGGCUUGUGUGGCUGCCAAGCCGGCGGUGAUCGCUGCUCCAUUGGCCUACAGUGCCUACUCCUCUCCUUAUGUGGCAGCAGCCCCUUACUCGGCUGCCUACACCGCUGCUUACACCGCACCAGUGGCCGCCGCCUACUCCGCCUACUCGUAUCCCUACGCCUCCGCCUACUCGGCCUACCCCUAUGCCGCCUACUACCGUUAAGACUGGAUAAGGGAUAAGGAUAAAGGAUACUCUAUCACCUGACUGCUGAACUGGAACCUGAGAAACCCAUAUAUAUAUUGCAACAAGGAUACUUCCACUCCAAAUAUGAUAUAACCACCCACUUAAAUCCAAAGCUGUCCGCUUAAAUCCUGGUAUUAGUUCGGCUUAUUACCCAUUUUUCCACCUCUGCCGAAUGAUGAAUGUAAAUUCAAGGGAACAGGACCUGCAAACAUAAAAGGAAUAUUGUUGUUGAAAUAAAUAAUGCAAUUUGCGUAAAACGUA